AUGUCUGGCUGCAGGAGAAAGCUCCGCCCGGCCAGUACAGGCUGCCUGCGAGGGAGCGUGUCGUCGCCGCCGUCGCCGUCGCCGUCGCCGUCCCCAUCCCCGGCGGGUCGGGCGGGCAGCGUAGGGCGGAUGCGUCGGCCUCCGCUCACGUCAGGCCCUGCGACAGCCGCCGAGGAGCAAGCGAGUGAAGCGCGAGGCCUGAGGAAACGGGGCCGGCGGCGGCCGGAUGUAGGCCCCGCGGCCACGACGACGGAAGGUGGAGGCGGCAGCCCGGAAGCCAGGCCGAAAAGGAAGGUGUUGGCGCGAGUGCCCGAGGCUGAGAGAGAAGAGGCGGGAAGCGGGAAGUCGUCGGCAAGAAAAAGAAAAAUUACUGAAGCCUCAAGUGAUCAUCCACAACCAGGGAUUGACCUAGUAAGAAAGGAAUUGUUUACCAGUUCGAAAUCUUUCAAAACAGUAGGGUGCAGUGAAUUUCAAAGCAUGGCUUUCUUUCAGUCUUUGAGUAACGAAGGUUUUGUAAAAGGUAUUAAAAGAAAAAUAAGAAUGAAAAAACUUAAAAACGUAGAAAGCCCAUCUUUCAAAAUGAUGGAAGAUAAGUCGAUGCAAAAUAUUAAGAUUGAAUUUCAAGAUGAAGUGAACAAGAAUUUGCAAAAAUACUCUUGUAACAACUUGUCACCUGGAGUAAAAAAUAAUUUCGUUUUAAAAUCACAUGACUACAAUUGUUUUCCCCAAACCAGGGGUGAUGAUGAAAGCAGUCCUGCAUGUAAACCUGAUGAUGUAUGCGAGCAAAUGCCAGAAAACUCCUCAAAGCUAAAGGAGGAAAACCCAAGGAGUCUUCCAGAUAAGAGUAACACAAAUAGUAUUUCUCACUCUACUCAAACUGAGGAAAACUUAAUAGAAGUACAUAAGUCAUUGCCUGAAGAAACUUAUAUACCUCAAAAUAAAAAUGACUUGCUCUCAUGUUUUCAAAGUGAAAAUAACAAGUAUCCAGGAGAGGAGAGCACUGUUUGGAGUAAACCCCAGAAAAGGAAAUUGUCUGAAAAAGGAGAUGAAAUAGUUACGGAAAUGAACUUAUUAAAUGAAAAUAAAACAGACACAGAGCGUAAAGAAGAAAGUGUUUUAGAAGCCAAAAAAUGUCCUUUAAAAUUUUUGAGAAAAUUAGAUCAUAAUACAUCCUCUCAAAAGGAUCAUUUAGUAAGUCUUCCAGAAACAGUAGAAAAUAAAACAAAAACUGAGCAUUAUAGAAAUAUUACAUUUCAGAAAACCUUUGGGCCAUUUUUGAAAGAAGAAACAAAAAACGCUUUAGAGCCCAUAGAAUGUAAAGGUAUGGAACUAGAAGAGUAUUUUCAGUCAAAGAAAACCUUAAUAAAAUUACCCAGUGACUGCCAUCCAGUAGAAAAGAGAUCUUUUCAGGAAGACAUGAGAAGUGAAGCUGAAGGAUCUAAGUUAAGUUGUUGUAGAACAAUACCAAUGAGUGGUAAAAGAAUUUGGCCUUUUUAUUCCUGUGCUAGAGUAACUGCCCAGUGUUGGAAAAAGACUUCCUUGCCGGAAUCAAAUUACUUUCAGGAAAGUUUGAGGCAGGAUGAUUUUCUUAAACACCAAAAAAAUCAAAUUCACUUAACUGAAUCCAAACCAUCGUUACGAUGUUCCAUAACAGAAACAAACAGUGAAUCUUUAAGUACAGAAAAACUAGAUUCUGAUUUAAAUUCUUGGUCUUCAGUUUCUGCAGCUAAGCCCACUUUGAUGAAUAGAAAAAACCCUAUAAACAAUGACAGUAAAAAGAUGAGCUUAGAAGAACAGAAUAGAGGUAGGUUGGAGGUCAUGACUAAUACUGAAGAUAAUCAGCUUAGUGUGACUCAAAACUUAACAGGAAAUAGAAAAAAAGAUAGGGUGAAGUUAACAAAACUUCAUUUGACUUCCCAGGAUAGCCAAGAAGCUAAUAACAUGCCAGGCAAAACUGUAAAUCGAAAAGCAUGCAUUGCUAAGCAAGCACUUGUUCCAGAUUUGGUUAAGAUAUUGAACAAAGGACGUCUGACUAAUUUUAAAAUUCCUUUACUUAAGAAUAAGACGGAAAAAAGAAAGGAAGUAAACACCAUAUCAUCUGAGAGAGAAGCUUAUAGUCCCUUAGAGCUUCUUGAUAAUCUGUCUGUAGUAGGGAUCAGACAAAAUAGGAAUAAAGAAACUGUUUCCACAAUAACUUCAGGAUCUCCAUCUUUGAGCAUACAAAAUAGUAUAAUACCAGUGCAAACUUGUUCUGACUCAUACUACAGUAAAAAUUCUCAUAGUUCGCCAGGCUUUUUAAAGCAAAGUCAUGAUAAUAAACCUUCUAAUCAAGUCUUUGACCCAGGGAAUAGUAUUUCUCGUAAGGAAGCUAUUUCUUUUGCAGUUGAAAAUACUUUCUCUUAUAAUUCUGGGUGUAUAGAGAAACAUUCUUCCUUCUGCUCUGGUGAACAAGGAACAUUUGAACAGAUUUCCUCUGAAGUUAGUGGUAGAGAAGUAACUGAGAGCUUUUCAGAAAUUAAAGCGGAAUUCCCAGAUAUUCUUAAAGCGUAUGAAGAUGAUGUCCUCUUAAUUGAUGUUAUUCAAGAUGACCCAGACCUCUUUGGAGUCUCUGCUGAUGGGGAACAUUCACUUACUUCAGACAGCCCUGUGAUAAACCAGGAACCCAGUGUUGCAAAAGAACAUUCUUCAACAGACUCCAGGUACAUGGAACUUCCAGAAAAAAAAGAGCCAAGUGAUGACUUAAGAGAACUUCUUGUACCGGAUCCUGAUUUAGUGAAGUCAGAAGUUAAUUCUCCUUUAUCAACAGCAAAUGAAGUAAAACAGGAUUCCAAAGAUGCAAACUUAGGGGAUGUUACAAAUGAGACCUCUGAAAAUGAAAAGCUGGAAAUUUUUGGUGAAAUGAAGUUCCCAGACUUGAAUGUAAAGUGUUGCUUUUCAGACAACGUGACUAUUAAGGAAGAAAAGGAAAAUGAUUAUGAAGUUGUCAAAAGAGAUUCUACAAAUGCAGAGACUGUGCUUGAUGAAUGUCAGUUAGCAGCCUUGGACCCAAAACCUCUAUACUUACUAUCAAUACCACCUUUGAAUCUUAGUACUCAACAAGAAGACACAUUACUGAAACCGUCGAUGAAUGAUCUCAGGUUUCCAGGAAAUCAUUCUGUCAUCAAGCCGCAGAAUCAUGAAACUUGUGAAAUAUUUAAGAAGGAGAAAAAUGUUGGGGUGUUUCAAAAGCUUCUAGGAUUGAUGAUACCUCAUAAAUACUGCAGAUUUCAUUUUAAUACAUUGCGUGGCUGUGAGCGAUCACUAUGCAAGUUUGUUCAUGUACCUGAGCAAGGGGAUGAAAAGGUUUGCAUGGAUGUAUUUAAGAAAUAUAUAAGUAUCGAUGAAAUGUGUUUGCUACAACGUGCAGUAAAUAUUUUUAUGGAAUAUUACAGAAAAUUUCCUCCAGGUAUACACUUCGAUUUACAAGUACUAAAUGACCUUCUAAAUUCUUUACUCAAACACAGCUUAUUGAAAGAAGUAUUUCAGGUAGUGAAUCUCAGCCUAAUCAUUAAAAUAGUGCCUGCUCUGAAAAUAUUACUAAAAUUAUUUGAGCACGUGGCAGCCAUGAAAUUAAGGAAUGCUGUACCUGCUAUAAUUGAUCUCUUUUGCAAGCUUGUAGAAGCUGGGAUGGUGCUUGACUCAGAACACUUUGACUAUAUUGUUAAGCUUUUAUACCAAGUGCAGGCUUCCAAAGAAGAAAUAGCUACAGUUUUAGAAAUAAAAUCAAGGAUACAGUUGAGGCCAUUUAAAAAGACCUGGAAAAGUGAGUUAGAAGCAUCCUUGAAGGAAAUAGAGCAUUGUAAACAAAAAGGAGACUGGACCAAAUUGGGAAAUAUUUACAUUAGUGUGAAAAUGGGCUGUGAAAAUUUUGCAGAUUUCCAGAGAUUUUGUACUUACGUGACUGAAAUACUAACAAAAGACUGUGAAGAAGAGAAACCAGGUGUUCCAUUUUGUGAAUUUGCUGAUACAGUUACCAAAGAUCCACAACACAGUGAAAUAGAUAAAACUUUGCUGGGGAGAAUCGGAAUCAAUGUUAUGUAUUUCUAUCACAAGCUGGUGCAGUGGUUCAAGGGAAGGAAGGUUUUAGAUAAACUCUAUGAAUUAAAAAUACAUUUUACAAGCUUGAAAGGACUUAUAGGGCCUGAGAAGUUAGCACCCAGAUGUCAAAUAGUAAAUAUUGCAGCAGAUAUUUUUCUAAAAAGUGGAAGCCUGGAUGGUGCCAUUUGGGUAUUAAGGGAGUCAGAAUGGAUAAUCAAUACACCACUAUGGCCUUGUGAUAGAAUGGAUGUACUCAAUCGUCAUAAUUUGCUUUGUACAAUUGCACAUGAAAUCUUAGCCAAGAGCCUUUACAGACAAACAUUCGAAGUUUUGCAAAAUCUACCAGGUUUACAAAAUUCCAAAGAAACAGUGGUGGUCUCCCAGUAUAGCCUUCUUUUUAAUAAACUGCUAGAUGCCUGUUUAGAAAGCAACAGUCUUGGUACUUCAUCCUCUGUAGCAGAAUUCAUGGUUUCAAAGAACAUACCUAUUGAUUUUUCCUUUCUUAGAAGAUUAAUUACAUCUUUAGGAAGGAGUGAUCUGUGGAUCAAAGCCAGAGCCCACUACAAACAUGCUCUUUCAUUGGGUUGCUAUCCACUUUUGGAAGGAAAUUUUUACCGAAAACUUCUUCGAAUUCCAUCCUAUUUCUCUGAGAUUGAAAUGCUUUUAGCUAUUGAAAUCUUCCUGGUAUCAAAUGCUAGUAAUAUUCAGAAUCUUGGAUCUUAUACUCAGACAAUGCAGAUAGUUUUGAAAAGAUGUGAAGAAAGCACAACUCGGAGUAAGGAUGAUUAUCAAGCUGCAGCGGAAAGAUUAAUUAUGGCUGCUCGGAUAUCGAAUCCAAAGCUUUUUGUUAAGCAUAUGACCAUCAAUGUUAAUAAGGAACAGGUUUAUAGUUUGGAACCUUUUUCUGCCUUGAAAUGGUUGAACGAGAAUCUGAAGUGGGCUGGAAAGGUGUGGCUUUUCAGUAACCAUUAG